ACGGCUGUCAGAGCUCAACCAAUCAGCGUUUACUUUACAGUGAGGCGCUCCAGAAUGAUACAGAACGGAGGGGUCGGUGUUAAGUCAUGAACUUUAGUAACUUCUUCAGACCCAUCGGUUAAGUGCACCUUGAGCCAUGCCUGUGACAUCUCAGCUGCUCAGGGGUUUGCCUCGUGCCAAGGUCUUGGCCUCCAGUCUGUUACCAUGCCAACAACACCAGUCCCAAUUAGUACCCAUUUCUCACAGACCUGCCUCAAGACGGUCCUCUCAUAUGUGGCAGAGCAACCAGCACUCAAGAAGUUACCAGACAACCUCAGUGCUUCGCAGCUACGUCCUAUCGCCCCCGCAGGUCAACUCUAUUCUGAAAGCCAACGAGUACAGCUUCAAGGUGCCAGAGUUUGAUGGAAAGAAUGUGUCAUCAGUGAUGGGUUUCGAGAGUAAUCAGCUGCCGGCUAACGCUCCUAUAGAAGACCGUCGAAGUGCAGCCACAUGCCUGCAGACGCGAGGAAUGCUGCUGGGUGUGUUUGAUGGCCAUGCUGGCUGUGCCUGUGCACAGGCGCUGAGUGAGAGGUUGUUUUACUACAUAGCAGUGUCUCUGCUGCCCCACAACACACUGUGUGAGCUCGAGGCAGCUGUUGAGGCCGGCAGGGCCCUCAGUCCCAUUCUGCAGUGGCACAAACACCCCAACGACUACUUCAGCAAGGAGGCUCAGACUCUUUACUUCAACAGCCUCCGAACCUACUGGCAGGAGUUAAUAGAUCUCACCAGCCCAGGAGAAGUUCCAGACACCCGUGAGGCCUUAAUGAACGCCUUCAAGAGGCUGGACAAUGACAUUUCUCUGGAGGCUCAGGUUGGAGACCCGAAUGCUUUCCUGCACUACUGGGUCCUGAGAGUGGCCUUUUCUGGAGCAACGGCCUGCGUGGCUCACAUUGAUGGAUCAGACCUAUUUAUAGCCAAUUCAGGAGACGCUCGGGCAGUGCUGGGGGUGCAGGAGGAGGAUGGUUCAUUCAGCGCUCACACGCUCUCUAAUGACCACAGCGCCCAGAAUGAGGAGGAGGUGGCUCGGAUACGAAGUGAACACCCUCCAUCAGAGAGGAAGACAGUUAUACGACAGGACCGGUUGCUCGGCCUCCUCAUGCCUUUACGUGCAUUUGGAGACGUAAAGUUCAAAUGGAGUAUUGAUCUGCAGAAGUGUGUGUUAGAGUCUGGACCUGAUCAGCUCCAUGAAAACGAGCACACCAAGUUUAUCCCUCCAAACUACCACACCCCCCCCUACCUGACCGCUGAGCCUGAGAUCACGCACCACAAACUGCGGCCACAGGAUCGUUUCAUGGUGAUUGGCUCUGACGGCCUCUGGGAGACGCUGCACAGACAGGAAGUGGUUCGUAUUGUGGGGGAGUAUUUAACAGGGGUGCACCAGCGCCAGCCCCUCAAAGUCGGAGGCUACAGGGUCACCCUGGGACAGAUGCAGGGCCUGCUUGAUGAGAGAAAGGCUCGCAUGUCUUCGGCUUUCGAGGAUCAGAACUCUGCAACCCACCUGAUACGUCACGCGGUGGGAAACAACGAGUUUGGCACGGUUGAUCACGAGAGGCUGUCAAAAAUGCUGUCCCUGCCUGAAGAGUUGGCUCGCAUGUACCGUGAUGACAUCACCAUCAUCAUCGCUCAGUUUAACCCUCACGUGAUUGGAGCACAGAGACAGGACGGGCAAUCCUGAGCUGUACAAAAGCCAUUCACUGGUGUUUUAUUGUGGAGUACACAAACUUGUGUAACAUCUACACAAAAGCACACUCUGUGGACAAACAGGCCAUAUUAAGAAAAUAUCUGUCCGGCAGUAGUAAAGAAUUGUUUUAACUUUAUUUAAAUAAAUAAUUUGUAUGUUUGUAUGCCAUACUAGAGAGGAUCCUGUUCCCCAUGAAGUUCAGAUCUCCGUUGGAUCGAAGCCUCUUAUAUAAAAUCCUAUUUAUGCUACACAUAUCUUCUGGUACCUGUUUGAUAUUCCCUGCGUGGUUGAUAAGAUGCUGUUACAAACUGAUUUUUGUGCCAAAAGAUUCAACCUCCUCAUCUGCUGAAAGAUCAGCAGGGUUGA